GGUUGUUCACAUUACAACGUUCGACUCCUUUUUUUGUUGUCGUUCUACCCCACCCCCCUCCGAACCCCCUACCCCUCGACACCGUUUUCCUUCACCAUUAGUACGUGCUCAGUACUUUUCGGCUAACAAUUUUCUCUGCUUCUGCCAUUUCUGUUUUUCUUCACGCAAAACCCACAAAGAAAUAAUAAUAAAAAAAGGUUCUUUUUUCUAAUCUGAACCAACCCAGUGAUGAAGUAACACUCUUCUUGAUUCAUUUGGAACGGCAUCGUUUUUGUUUAUUGGUACAGUGAUGUUCACUGAGGGUCUUGAUAAUAACGCCCUAAAGUGGGUUAGAGAGGGUUCUGGGCAGCAGACUGAGGAAGUUCCUUUCUCAAUUUCAAGCCAAGGAUCAAGAAAAUCUGACAUCAAAAUUCAAAUUGGGAGUAUGAGAAAUGGGGGUCGCAAUGUUGGGCUUCCACCGCCUUCGAAAUUCCGGAGUGGUCAUCUGUCAGGGGUUAUUCCGGUAUCUAGAGUUAUACCUGCGGAUUUAGAUGAAAGUGCGUCGGUUUCUGAUAAUGACAUGAUCACUGACUCGGAAGAGGAGGUUUAUGGGGGGAGAUAUUCGCUGGAUUCAUCACCACAUGAUGAUAGAGUGCCUAGCACUACUGCAGCCACUCAGAGAUACUACAAUCUCCCACCUAGGCGUGGUGCUAUGCAGUAUGCAAGUGACAGUAUGUACUCUGAUGAUGUUAGUUCGUCGAUGGAGACGUUGGCGAGAGGUCGUGGACACGUGGUUGAUAGAUUGAUGAGAGGAGCUAAUAGAUACCCAAUUGGAAGUAGUGUGUAUACUGAGGAGGAAUCUUCUGAUUCUGCUGCAAGCUCUGAGUUCUCUUCCACCCAAGUUGGGACAAAUAAUAGAACUGUUCCACGAUCAACAAAUUAUGCAUCUGAAGGGUAUGCGUCCAGCAUUCCAUCUAAAUUGAAUACAGGAAACAAGACUCAGAAGGAUAUGACCCCUGGGAAUUUACAGAAGAAAGUCGUUGAUGAGGAUGUUCCCAGUGCGCCUCCAUUUUACACUCCUGCUGCUGAAAUCAAAGAAGUUGAUGAACGGAUCCCUGCCUCUAGAACAGCUAAUGUGCAAUCUAUGGCAGAAGAUUCUGGUCUCUCAGCAAAGGCAGAUAGUCACAAUUCUUCUGGCAUAAACCACCAGGUCAAAGUUCCAAAUAAUUCUGACUCACCUGUGAGCACGACUGCUGCUGCUGCAGAAAGUGGAGGGCUGUUGGGUUCUUAUCCCGCUCGCCUUCCAACUUUUCAUGCCAGUGCACUGGGCCCAUGGCAUCGCGUGCUCGCCUAUGAUGCAUGUGUUCGGCUCUGUUUGCAUUCUUGGGCUAGGGGUUGCAUGGAAGCUCCAAUGUUUUUGGAAAGUGAAUGUGCUCUCUUAAGGAAUUCAUUUAGGUUACAGCAAGUUCUGUUACAAUCAGAGGAGGAAUUAAUGGCAAACCGCUCUUCCGAGCUUCCUAAGGAAGCGGCUGCCCCAAAACCCAAGCAAAUGGUUGGAAAGAUGAAGAUCCAAGUUAGGAAGGUUAAGAUGGGCUUGGACCCACCCACUGGCUGCAGUUUUUCUUCCCUGAAAACACCAAAAAUAAAGAUUGAAUCUGUUAGAUAUCACCUAUCCAAUAUGCGGUCAUCAAUCUCUUCUGGAUGGCGAGCGAUUCGCAAAGUCCAUUUUGCUCCUCGUGUGCCUGCAAAUGGUUCCUUCUCGCGCCAGAGUUUGGCAUACAUGCAGGCGAGCACCCAAUAUGUAAAGCAAGUUUCUGGACUCCUGAAAAUUGGUGUGACAUCUCUCCGCAGCAAUCCAUCAUCUUAUGAUAUUGUUCAAGAGACAUACUAUUGUUUCUUACGACUAAAAAGUUCGACGGAAGAGGAUGCUAUUAAAAUGCAACCUGGAUCAGGCGAAACCCACAUUUUCUUUCCAGAUAAUCUUGGAGAUGAUCUAAUCGUUGAAGUCCUGGAUUCCAACGGAAAGCAUUAUGGUCGUGUCCUUGCUCAAGUUGCCACCAUUGCUGAAGAACCGGGUGAGAAACUUCGGUGGUGGUCCGUCUAUCGUGAACCAGAACACGAGCUUGUUGGCAAAGUACAACUCUUUAUUAAUUACUCAACAGCAUUUGAUGAAAAUAGUCAUCUUAAGUGUGGUUCAGUUGCAGAAACUGUUGCUUAUGACCUGGUACUUGAAGUUGCAAUGAAGAUUCAGCAAUUCCAACAAAGAAAUUUGACACUACAUGGUCCAUGGAAAUGGUUGCUCACUGAAUUUGCAUCAUACUAUGGAGUUUCUGAUGCAUACACUAGAUUAAGGUACGAUAUAUUUUACAUCUAUGGAGUUUCUGAUGCAUACACUAGAUUAAGGUACCUUUCCUAUGUCAUGGAUGUGGCAACACCAACUGCUGAUUGUCUUACAGUUGUGCAUGAUCUUUUGCUACCUGUUAUAAUGAAGGGCCGUUCUAAGAGCAUCCUUAGUCAUCAAGAGAAUCGUAUUUUGGGGGAAAUUGAGGACCAGAUUGAACAGAUCUUUGGGUUGGUUUUUGAAAACUACAAGUCUUUGGAUGAGUCAACACCAUCGGGGAUAAUGGAUGUCUUCAAACCAGCUACUGGAGUUGUACCACCUGCAUUGGAGCCUGCUGUUAAAUUAUUUUCUCUACUUCACGACAUAUUAUCUCCUGAAACUCAGAACACAUUGUACAGUUAUUUUCAGGCUGCUGCUAAGAAAAGAUCAAGACGGCACUUGACAGAAACGGAUGAAUAUGUCAGCGGGAAUAAUGAAGGACUCUUGAUGGAUGCUGUUACCGUGUCUACUGCUUAUCAAAAAAUGAAGUCACUCUGUAUGAACAUAAGAAAUGAAAUAUUUACUGACAUUGAGAUCCACAAUCAAAAUAUUCUUCCAAGCUUCAUAGACUUGCCAAACCUUUCUUCAGCCAUAUAUAGUGCAGAACUUUGCUGUAGAUUGCGUGCAUUCCUGAUCGCUUGCCCCCCUGCUGGCCCUUCUCCCCAUGUGACUGACCUUGUCAUUGCAACAGCAGAUUUCCAGAGGGAUCUUGCCUGCUGGAAUAUCAAACCCGUUAAAGGAGGAGUAGAUGCAAAAGAGUUGUUCCAUUUGUAUAUCAUCCUGUGGAUCCAGGAUAAACGGCUCUCUUUGCUGGAAUCUUGCAAGCUGGACAAGGUGAAAUGGUCGGGAGUGAAAACACAGCAUUCAACAACCCCUUUUGUCGAUGAAAUGUACGAGCGCCUGAAAGGAACUCUUAAUGACUAUGUGAUCAUCAUCUGCCGCUGGCCGGAGUACACAUUUGUAUUGGAGAAUGCCAUUGCUGAUAUUGAGAAAGCAAUUUUGGAUGCACUGGAGAAGCAAUAUGCAGAUGUCUUGUCUCCGUUAAAGGAGAAUUUGACACCCAAGAAAUUUGGCUUCAAAUAUGUGCAAAAACUUACCAAAAGAUCAGUUUGCCCCUAUGUUGUGCCAGAAGAUCUGGGGAUUCUUUUGAAUUCAAUGAAGAGGAUGCUAGACAUUCUGCGCCCAAACAUAGAGCAGCAGUUUAAGUCCUGGGGCUCAUGUAUCCCUGAAGGAGGAAACACCGCCCCUGGAGAGCGCCUGAGUGAGGUGACUGUGAUGCUUCGAGCUAAAUUCAGAAAUUAUGUGCAAGCAGUCAUUGAGAAGCUUGUGGAAAAUACGAAACUGCAGAACAACACAAAGUUGAAGAAAAUUUUACAAGAUUCCAAGGAGAAUGUCAUAGAAUCAGACAUAAGAUUUAAGAUGCAGCCACUGAAGGAGCAGCUGACGAGUACCAUAAAUCACCUUUACACCAUUUUUGAACCUAAUGUUUUCAUCGCAAGUUGUCGAGGCUACUGGGACAGGAUGGGACAGGAUGUGCUAAGUUUCUUAGAGAGCAGGAAAGAGAACCGGUCUUGGUACAAGGGCUCACGAAUUGCAGUCUCUAUCCUAGAUGAUACCUUUGCCUCUCAGAUGCAGCAGCUUUUAGGCAAUUCGCUUCAAGAGAAAGACCUUGAGCCUCCAAGGUCCAUUCUUGAAGUGCGAUCAAUGCUUUGUAGGGAUGCAUCGAAUAACAAAGGAUCAAAUUACUUUUACUAGAUGUAAUUAUGUAUAGAUGGUGUCCUAUUCAAUUCCAUUAUUUUGUUUCCUUUUUGGUUCCGGAAACAGAAAGAGGAAGAAGGGUGUCGUUGCCAUAGCCUAUAACCUAUAGUCUACAGGUGGAUUCGCCUCAGAUAAGGGAAGAUGAAGAUCACGGUGAAAAUGUUCUCUCUUAUGGGUUUUAGGCCUGCUACAGAAGAAAGAAUAGGAGAUAGUGUCUCUCAGUCAUUUUUGUUGUAGGAGCAGGUGACUCUACUGCUCCAUAUAUAAAAGACUUAUAGCUUGUAAUUCACAUUUUGUCAAAUUACAUCAUGUUGAGUAUGUCUUCUGCGUGUUGUGUUCUUC